AUGUUUAAUGAGAUCGAUGAGGACUUUGAUGACGUGGCUAUAAGGACUUUUAAGGUCAGCUUGCUUGCCGAGCAUGAUUUGAGAAAGUCCUUGACCAAAAAGCCAGUAAGGAGUGUGCGUCAGCUUAUGAAUCGUAUUGACGAAUAUAAGCAGAUCGAGGAAGACCAGCAACAGGGGAAGGGAAAGGCUAAUGUUAUCCUUCAGGACAGGAGGGAUUUCAGGUCGGAUAGAUACAAUAAUAACAGAACCCAAAGGGAUUUUGCUGGGCAAUCUGGGUCUACAGCUCCUCAGGUGGUUAGCAUGGUGUUUCAAGAGCCUGUACAUCAAGUCUUGGAGAAGAUGAAGAAUGAGUCAUACUUUAAAUGGCCAAAUAAGAUGGAAGGAGACCCCAUGAGGCGUAACCAAAGUCUUUAUUACCAGUACCACCAAGAACAGGGGCAUACCACCGAGGACUGUAGAAUUCUGUGGAAUCAUCUGGAGUAA